CUCCCUAGAAUAACUAUAAGUUUAAUGAUUUAUACAUAUUGCACACUGUUUUAUAUCCACAAAAAAGGGUUUUAAAAUUAAAAGAAUAUAAAAAUUAUAUUUAGAGGAUUUUAAAAUAAAAGAAAGAUUGUGUUUGAAGAAUAAAAUAAUGGUAGCAAGGAAAAAAUUGAAUAAACUGAAAAUAAAUAAAUUUAAUGUUGAUUUAUGGAAAGACGAAAACACAAGAGACAUUGAUACCAAUUGGAUGUCUUCGGAUACAGUCAGACAUACAUUAACACAUUUUGGAGUAAAAAAAAAGAGAAUACCUAUUUCUUUGCGCAAAAAACCAUCUAAUAUACCGGCAGUUGAGCCACCACAUCCAGGAAUGUCUUAUAAUCCUUCGUUUGAAGAUCAUCAAAAUCUAUUACAUGAGGUGGCUCAAAAGGAAAUAGAGCUUAUAAAAGAAGAAGAACAUCUUAAUAGAGUUACCACAAAGAUGUUCAGAAAGGUUUCACCUGAAGAAAAAGAGAAUAACUUGAUAAAAGAAAUGUCAGAGGGUCUAAAAUUAGAAAAUGAUAGAAAUCCUAAUGAAGAUGAGGAUGAUGACCCAACAGUAAGGUUUGUAAAUUCAGUUGUUAGAAACCAGAAGAAAACACGUGUGCAAAGGCGCAAACAAAAAGAACAGAAGGACUUGGCACAUAGAAAAAAACAGGAAAAGGUAGAAAGAAAAAAAAGCUCAGAUAUAUAUAAAUUGAAAUUAUUAAACAGUCAGCUGGCUGCUAAAGAAAGGAAACAAAAAAUAUUAAGAGAAAAGAGGUUAAAAAAGAAAGCACUUAAAGAAGCAGGUACUAAAACUCUUAGUAAAGUUAAAUUUGAACCCUUAGAACCUGAUUUUAAAUUAUCUAAUGAAUUAACUGGAAAUUUACGAAAUACUGAGCCAGCUAAUAGUCUGUUGAAAGACAGAUUCAAGUCUCUUCAAAAAAGAAAUAUUGUUGCUCCUGCUAAUAUUAAAUUGAAACGAGACAAAGCUAAAGUGAAACGCUUUAUAAAACCAGAUCACAAAAUUGAUAUGACAAAAAUUGACAUGAAAUAGUCUAAACAUGAAGUUAUAAUUUUUGUAAAAUUAUGUAUAUAAAUAAAAGUUAAGUAAUAAUUGCUA